UAAUAAAAUAUUGAAUUUAGAUUUCUUAAAAUCAUAAUGUGGGUUGUUGUCCACUUUUUAAAUGAGGACACAGUGGAAGCUGUUCCCGAAACAUGGUACCGAAAAAAAGAUAAGACAUGUGCUUGGCCAAUUGUAUCAAAGAAGUCAAAAAAAUGCAUUGAAAAAAAAGAUUAUCCAGAUGAAAAAAACUAUCAGUGGUUACCUGCAAGGAUGCUUGGUCGAAAGUAUGGAUCUUUAGAAGAAGCAAGGAUGAAGACAAACCGGGCACAAUUCUACUCAGAUUUGUCUGCAAAUGAAGAUUUAAAUGCUCAACGUCUGUUAAAAUCAAAAAGUAAAAUGGAAAGUCCGCCUUCUUUAAGACUAAAAAAGAUUAAAAAAACUGUUGAAAACACUGGUGGUUUUGACGAUGAAUCAGAUAUUGAAGAUGGUCAUGAUUCUGAUAAAGACCCUGACUAUCAUAUAUCAAUAAGUGUAAAUGAUCCAUCAGUAUCACAAACAAUGACUAAUCAUAAUAACAAGUAUGUUAUGAAUUCUCCUAUUGGGAAAAUUUCGAUUGAGGAAACUAAUCUAUCCAUUAUGUCUUCUAUGCCUCCUAAACAACCAUUAAUUGAAUCCAUUACUUUGCCAUCACCUCAACGUUCAAACACUACACCAUCAUCAAAUCUUAAAAAAAGAGUUUUAUUUUCAACUGUUGGGUCCAAAGGGUCAAAUUAUCAUUCAUCUAAUUAUAAUACAGAAUUGUAUGGUAUGCCUAAUGCAGCUAGGCAGUGGCACACAUUACACUACAAGUUUUACAGAUUUGUAUAA